CAAGAAUUGACUGUCAACAUGCAAGAUGGCCACGCAUCACAGGCAAAAUGCUGCUGGGCGGAGAAAAGUACAGGUGUCCUAUGUCAUUAGAGAUGAGGUGGAGAAGUACAAUCGAAACGGGGUGAAUGCACUCCAACUAGACCCUGCGCUGAACCGGCUCUUCACUGCUGGAAGGGACUCUAUCAUCCGGAUAUGGAGUGUCUAUCAGCACAAACAGGACCCAUACAUUGCCUCGAUGGAGCAUCAUACAGACUGGGUUAAUGACAUAGUUCUCUGUUGCAAUGGAAAAACAUUGAUAUCUGCCUCAUCAGACACAACAGUCAAAGUAUGGAACGCUCAUAAGGGAUUCUGUAUGUCAACGUUACGAACACACAAGGACUACGUGAAAGCUCUGGCCUACGCUAAGGACAAGGAGCUUGUGGCGUCAGCAGGUCUGGACCGGCAGAUCUUUCUGUGGGAUGUGAAUACACUAACAGCACUUACUGCUUCCAACAACACUGUCACCACCUCGUCACUCAGUGGGAACAAGGACUCUAUCUACAGUCUGGCUAUGAACCAGAUGGGCACGGUCAUUGUAUCUGGGUCCACAGAAAAGGUUCUCAGAGUGUGGGAUCCUCGAACAUGUGCAAAACUGAUGAAGCUUAAAGGUCACACAGACAACGUCAAGUCGUUGCUGCUGAAUCGAGAUGGGACUCAGUGCCUGUCGGGCAGUUCAGACGGGACCAUUCGCUUGUGGUCACUUGGCCAGCAGAGGUGUAUCGCCACCUACCGGGUACAUGAUGAAGGGGUUUGGGCCCUGCAGGUCAAUGAGGCCUUUACACAUGUCUAUUCCGGAGGCAGAGACAAAAAGAUCUACUGCACUGACCUCCGUAACCCAGACAUCCGUGUGCUCAUAUGUGAGGAGAAGGCUCCAGUGCUCAAAAUGGAACUGGACAGAUCUGCUGACCCACCUCCAGCAAUCUGGGUCUCCACCACCAAGUCAUCUGUAAAUAAAUGGUCUUUAAAGGGAAUGCAUAACUUCAGGUCAUCAGGGGAGUAUGACAAUGACUGCACUACCCCUCUGACACCACUGUGCACUCAGCCAGAACAAGUCAUCAAGGGAGGUGCCAGUAUCAUACAGUGCCACAUUCUGAAUGACAAGAGACACAUACUCACCAAAGAUACCAACAACAAUGUGGCUUUCUGGGAUGUCCUGAAGGCUUGCAAGGGUGAAGACUUGGGGAAAGUGGAGUUUGAUGAAGAGAUUAAAAAGCGCUUUAAGAUGGUCUAUGUGCCAAAUUGGUUCUCUGUUGAUCUGAAAACUGGGAUGCUCACUAUCACAUUGGAUGAGAGCGACUGCUUUGCUGCCUGGGUGUCUGCAAAGGACGCUGGAUUUUCAAGCUCUGAUGGAUCCGACCCAAAGUUGAACCUGGGUGGACUGCUACUCCAGGCUCUGCUGGAGUUCUGGCCCAGAACUCGCACCAACCCCAUGGAUGAGGAAGAGAACGAGGUGAACCACGUGAACGGAGAGCAGGAGAACAGGGGCCAGAAAGGAAAUGGAUAUUUCCAAGUGCCACCACACACGCCGGUCAUCUUUGGGGAGGCGGGAGGCAGAACUCUCUUUAGGUUGCUAUGUAGAGAUUCAGGUGGAGAGACUGAGUCCAUGCUGUUGAAUGAGACAGUUCCACAGUGGGUUAUUGAUAUAACUGUAGAUAAAAAUAUGCCCAAGUUCAACAAAAUCCCGUUCUACCUCCAGCCCCAUUCUUCCUCUGGUGCAAAAACUCUAAAGAAGGACCGUCUUUCGGCCAGUGACAUGCUCCAGGUGAGGAAGGUGAUGGAGCACGUUUAUGAGAAAAUCAUCAACCUGGACAACGAGUCGCAGACCACCAGCUCCUCAGCCAACGAUAAGCCCGGGGAGCAGGAGAAGGAGGAGGACAUGGCCAUGCUAGCCGAGGAGAAGAUUGAACUAAUGUGUCAAGACCAGGUUCUAGAUCCCAACAUGGACCUGCGAACAGUUAAACAUUUUAUCUGGAAGAGCGGAGGGGACUUGACACUUCACUAUAGGCAGAAGUCCACGUGAAAGCUGUAGUUUUUAAAACAAGAACUCUUUGUCAUUUGCCAAUCACCACCCACCUCUGACAUGUAGUACCCUAAACCCCAUUCUGUGGUCAAGAGUCGCAGUAUUAAUGAGAAUCCGGUAAAAUUUGUGAGGACGUGGUUCGUGGUGUAUCUUAGGGAACUGAACAGAACAGGCCUGAGCAGCCAAGAGACACCUGGGACAUAAGAGGUCUGUGUUUUUUGUUUUUUUUGUUUGUUUUACAGUUUGAAGAAUGGACUCCAGCGAUCACCGGUUCCUUCAUUUAUUUAAUUUUUUCUUACAUCUUUACUUUGACUGCUAUGUUUGUUCUUUCCUUCCGAUUAGCUUUUCUCAUUUUGAAGCGACAAAAGCUAGGGUUGGUGUUUGUGAGUGAGCGUGUGCGUAAACGCACAUGGAUGUAGUAGACCUUUUGUUUGUUCUAGUACAUUCCAGAAACUGUCCUUGUUCAACAAACACUCCCGUCUCUGGGUAGUGUCACAGUCCCUCAAAGCAAUCCUUCGCUGUUCUGUUGUCAUCUCAACUUUAACGUAACCCUGGUUUAGACAUGUAAUUAUUGAGCUUGAACCUCAUCGACAGAAGAAGUUGUCAUCGUCAUUUCUUUUUAGUUGUGCUGAUCUCAAUGGACUGAAUGUCCUUUUUAUUUUUGUAAAUAUAUGUACAACAUUUCUGGUUUAAGUGACUUUUUUUUUUUUUUUUUGUUCUUUUGGUUUUGCAGCAGUUUUAUUGUGUUGUUGUACAGUUUACUUAAAACCAACAGUUCUUUUUCAAAAUCCCUAGAGCACAUUACAAGGUAAUUUGACUUGGAUGUUAAAAGUUGCAUUAUUUGUAUUCACUACAACCCAGAAAUUGCAGUUUACUCAAAGAAUGUUAGUUGUGGUCCAAGUCAUCUUAGUACCCAAGAAAUUAUAUAUAAGGUAUGUAUCUUUAACAGUAACUGUUGCUUACUCACUCUGCUUGGGUCAUGAGCAGUGACUUUAACGGAAGUGAGGGCUGUUCUAAUGUAUAUUUCAUUUAGGUUCAAUAGAAGAACAAAGAAACUUGAAGGGGAAUCUCAUCUAAGAGAAUAUGAAUAUUCAACCACUGUGGGAAGUGAAAUAAAUGGUAAUACCCACUUCUCUCAUGGUUUUGGUGACACCGAGAGAAGUGGGUAUUACCACUUAUUGUCCCAUGACAACAGAUCUCGUCAUUGUAAAUUCUCUGCAUUUAAUUUUGCCUGUGUGUGAGAUGCCAUUGUAGGGACGCAUCGAGUGAGCUCUAAUGGGCCAAAAACAUGAUGGGUACCAUAAUUAGACCAUAACACUGCAAUAUCCCUUGUUGUAAUAAUUUGUGAAAUAUGUAUAUUUUAGGCAUUCGAAGAAAUAAAUUGGAAUGGUUUAACAAUGAGA